AUGGCCAACAAAAUGCCUAUGGGGCACCCACAAGCAAGACAAGACCUGAGUCCAGCAGCCCUUGCAGAGGUAUUUGGCUUUGUCAACACGGCAGAGAUACCACCUGCACAUUUCACAGGGCAAAAUUUGGAACAGGAGGGCAUGUGCCGUGAAUUCCAACCAUUUUUAGAGGAUGGGAAUUUAUACUGCAACAGAGAUAUAGACCCUGUUUUCGGUCCUGAUGGCAGGAGACAUAUGAACAAGUGUGUCAUGUGCCGUGAAGUCUUGAGAAGGAGAGCAAUUGCUGGUUGGCCCAAAAACCCUUCUUCAGCAAAGGAUGGCGACUGCAGUGAAUAUUGGCCUUAUUUCAGAGAUGGGUCAUUUUCCUGCACCAGAGAGAAUAAUCCAGUUCGUGAUGCUUCUGGCAAGCAGCAUAGCAAUAAAUGCAUAAUGUGUCUACAGAAGUUCAAAAAUGGAGGUACGAUGAAUUCUGUUGGAAAGGACCAACCACAAAAUGGAAAAAAUGAGAGGAAUGAUGGAUGCGAGGAAUAUCGAUCAGAGAUGGGACCCAACGGAGAACUCACUUGCACCCGUGAGAAUGCUCCAGUGCGGGAUGCAACUGGCUACACAUACAACAACAAGUGUAUCAUGUGCUCAGAGAAAUUCAAAAAAGAAGUUCGAGAAGGCAGGAUCGUUGGAGGAGGAAGAGGAGGAGGCGGUGGUGGUGGUGCUGUGGAUACUUAUGGGAACAGAAUCGUUCAAGGGAAUUUCAACCCAGGGAACAGCAACGAGAAAAACUGCAAUCCAUAUGGAAAAAAUGAUGUAAAUAAUCCUUGCCCUGCAGAAUAUCAGAUUGCAUCGGGGGAUUACAGAUCAUAUACCAAUUGUGGAGGGACAGGACAGUCAUCAUACUACAAUGAAAAUUGUAGGAAAGGGCCCUUCCGCAAUAGGCAGAAGAAAAUUGCUGCUGGGGACAAGAAGCUGGACUGUGAUCAAAUUCUAGCCGAUAUAAAGAAGGAAGGGACUUCGUGCAAUGCUCUGUGGUCUCCUGUUUGUGGCACUGAUGAGAAAACAUAUAGCAAUAAAUGUUUCCUGUGUUCCGCAAUUGUGAAAGCUGAAGAUACCCUUGCGCUAAAGAACGAAGGUGAAUGUCAAGCUGGUCAUAUAAAGGCUGACUGCAGCCAAUACCCCCAAACCAGAGGGAAAGUCCUUUGCAAGAGGAGAAGCCAGGAGGUGUGUGGAACAGAUGGCGAGACAUACGGGAGUGAGUGCAUGCUCUGUGACAGAAUCCUGAAAACGAAAUCUGAAAUUGGUAUAAAAAAUAUCGGACCAUGCCCUAAGAUAUAAAGGCGUUCAGGUUGCCAGAAAGCUUUAGGAGGAAAGCGUGACAAAGAGCAAGUGAUGGAAGAAUUGGCCUUCAGAAUCAAGGAAACUGCUGCAUUCCCAAGUGUUGCAAAGCCUGCCUUCAUAGUAUAUUCAAGGAGCUAUCCCAUGUCUAUAGUACAUGGGCAACAACUCUGCACUGCUCUGCAUGGGGACAGGGUGGCAGACCUUGAUGACACAGUCAUCAGACGGACUCUUCCAUUUGCUUCCUUAUUGAGUUUCAUUCUUCCAGCUUCCAUGGACGCUUCAGAACAUUUUCUUACCUCCACCAAUCUCACUGAGUUUCUUCAAUAAAAAAAACCUAAGAAGAUCUCUGCCAAUCAUUCCCUUUGGCCAUGUUUAAGAAUAUAUUGAAUGUUAAGAACACUUUUUUGUCCUAUAUUUUCUCAGUAGGAACAACGGGUAAGUUAGUUGAUUGACAGUAGAUUGACUUUUUAACCUUGAUUUGAUUCAAAUUUUAGUGUGCUUAAACCCAGUGAGGGUUUUACUUAACAAAUAAAGAGAUGUCCAGAUCCCUUAAUAGCAUCCUUCAGCACACUAAAACCUUGAGUGGCCAUAUCUAAUUAUCAGGCAUGAUACCACCUACAGAUGCAGUAUACUUUGUGACUUGAGUAAGUCAUGCCCU